CCACAUAAAAUUAAUUCUGUUUGAAAUGUCUUUUAAUUGUAUAUUUCUUUUUAUAUUACUUAGUGAAAGCUAUUUAAUUACGUAUGCUAAAUUCAGAAAUACGUCCAUUUCCACGACUGACAGCGAACUUCCGGCUAUGAAGUGCUUAGACUGUUCAAAACAAAGUAGAAAACUGUGUCCCAUUAAUGAAACGGGAUAUAGUUGUUAUGAUGGACCAAUAUAUAGACGCCAGGGUUCUGAUGAUGCUGCUUUUCCCGAAACUACCACCGAUUUGGACGUCUGCAUCCCACCUGACAUAAAGAAAUUUGAAUUUAACGAUGCCAAGAUUUGUUGUAUUUGGGCUCCUGAAACUGGCUGUCAAAUCCUAUUAACUGGAGAUCACCAAGGAGAUUUUUGUUUUACUUGCAGAGUAAAAUAUAAGAUGGAGUACAAAAAGUUGAAAGCCUGUCCGUGCAUAAAAGAUAAAGGUUCGGGUCAAGUCAAUUGCAAAGUUUUCUACAUCAUUGCAAUUGGAUAUUUCUUGAGAAAACUGAUUUACUAGAAAUGUUAAAAAAGGUUCUUUAAAUUCUUAAAUGUUUACAGAAAAAUAAAAAUUAUAAUCCUUUGUAUACCUAA